AUGGCUGCAAAACCGAGAGUCGCUUUCAAUGACAACGAAAUCAAAGUUUUCGUCGGAGAUGAAGUGAUUUUUGAAACAACUCUCGCAAGGCCUGUGGACGAGAAAAAUUCAUCUCGUCACCUGCACGCCGUCGAAGUCAGAAUGCCCAAAGCCACACCAGGACAUUGGCCAAUGCUGGAUGGAUCAUCUGCUGUGCCAGUUCCAAGCCAAUCACACCCGACGAAGAACUGGGAGGCCAUCGAAAGGACUGUAGUACAGGAAGAAGAAAAUGAAGAUUUGGAAGGUGAUGCAGCGGUAAAUCGUUUGUUCCGAAAACUUUACAAUGAAGCUUCGGAUGACGUGAAGAAGGCCAUGAUUAAGAGUUACCAGGAAUCUGGCGGUACUGUUUUGUCUACGAACUGGGAAGAGAUCCGCAAGAAGCGAACAGAGGUCAGACCUCCGGACUGUAUGGAGUACAAACGGUCAUUCAACUGA